AGGAUAGAGAACGUGCAAAUGUGAACAUACAGAACUGUGGUCAGGAUUGAACCUGGGUCUCUGGUGCUAUGAGGCAGCAGCUCUACCAGCUGCACCACCGUGCCGCUUGCAGUCCUUGCUCAAUUCUCAGCUUCUUCUCGAUCAGGCUGUCGUUCAGCAACAACUGACAGCUCUUGGCAAUUUCACUCCCAAUUAAAUAGCCUGUCCCCCUUUCACGACCUAAUUCACGACCUUUCUAACGUGUGGACAUUUUUCAUCAUGCUAGAACAACGCCCCGACCUACUCGAUGCCACGAGCACCAACGCCUAGCAUCACGGCCUGCUACGACCUACCUACGGACUUCUACGACCUUGUGAUGACCCUGCUGCGAGUAUGAUUCAAGGGCAAACUCGACCGAGGUCGUGAAAGUGGGACAGGCCCUUAACUUGGCUUGUGGCUGCCAUACAGCGCUUGCAGCGCCAGAGAUACGUGGCCGAUCCUGACUACGGCGCUGUCUGUACGGAAUUCGUACGUUCCUCCCGUGACCUGCGUGGGUUUUCUCUGAGAUCUUCGGUUUCAUCUCACACUCCAAAGACGUACAGAAGCAGCACGGCAGUCGGCUCACCAGAGAGAUGGCAUAUCUACCAAAACUUUUCAAGUACAUAGACGACAAUCAAGAAUUGUACGUAAAACGCCUUGCAGAAUGGGUGGCAAUACAGAGCGUGUCCGCGUUGCCGGAGAAGAGAAGCGAAACCGUAAAAAUGGUGAAAUUUGUUGGCAAAGAGAUCGAAAAACUGGGUGGUUCAAUAGAGCUGACUGACAACGGUCAACAAAAGCUGCCAGAUGGAACAGAGAUUCCCUAUCCUCCAAUCCUAUUGGGCACGCUUGGCAACGACGCAGCCAAGAAAACCUUGUGCAUCUAUGGACAUCUGGAUGUUCAGCCUGCUGAGAUUGAGGAUGGAUGGGAUACUGACCCCUUCACUUUGGUGGAAAAAGAUGGAAAGCUGUAUGGAAGGGGCUCCACUGAUGACAAAGGACCAGUGUUGGCAUGGCUAAACUGCAUUGAAGCUCUUCAAAAAUUAAAGCAGGAGAUUCCAGUUAAUAUCAAGUUCUGCUUGGAAGGAAUGGAGGAGUCUGGGUCAGAAGGUCUUGAUGAUUUGGUCCAUGGCCGCAAAGACACAUUCUUCAAGGACGUGGAUUUUGUCUGUAUUUCCGAUAACUACUGGCUUGGCAAGAAGAAGCCCUGUAUAACAUAUGGUCUCCGUGGUAUCAGUUACUUCUCACUGGAGGUUGAAUGCUCAAACAAGGAUCUACACUCUGGUGUGUUUGGUGGUACAGUGCAUGAAGCAAUGACGGACCUGAUUUAUUUAAUGGGCAAGCUGGUGGACCGAAAGGGAAUGAUCCUUAUUCCUGGUAUUGAAAAAUCCGUGGCACCAGUUACGGAUGAGGAAAGGAAAUUGUAUGAUAAAAUAGAUUUUGAUAUUGCAGAGUACUGCAAGGAUGUGGGCACCAGUCAGCUGUUGCACACCACAAAGGAACAAAUUCUGAUGCACCGAUGGAGAUAUCCAUCCUUGUCAUUACAUGGAAUUGAAGGGGCUUUUUCUGGUACAGGAGCUAAAACUGUCAUUCCCAGGAAAGUUAUUGGCAAGUUUUCUAUUCGAUUGGUGCCAAACAUGGAUCCAGAAGUGGUUCAGAAGCAGGUUGUGGAUUAUGUCCAAAAGGUAUUUUGUGAGUAUGGAAGCCCAAACAAGAUGAAGGUGUACAUGCUUCAUGGUUCCAAGCCCUGGCUAGCAGACUGCAACCACCCACACUAUACUGCUGGCAGGGCUGCAAUGAAAAGAGUAUUUGGAGUUGAACCAGAUAUGACCAGAGAAGGUGGCAGCAUUCCCGUUACCUUGACAUUCCAGGAAGCUACAGGAAAGACUGUGAUGUUGCUGCCUAUUGGAGCUUCAGAUGAUGGUGCUCACUCCCAGAAUGAGAAGAUCAACCGAAGCAACUAUAUUCAAGGCACGAAGGUGCUGGGUGCUUACUUCCAUGAACUUUCCUCAUUGAAGUGACAACAGUCUGGAUUGAUAGAAUUGCUGAAGUGCUUUCCAAAACUCUGCAUCCAACAAGAUUCCCUUUAUCACAUGGUGCAGGGACAUAAUGGGGAACAGUGGUGUUAUUGAUAACGUUCGAUGGGUGUGUAAAUAAUAAAGAUCAGCUUUAUUUCUUGAUUGCAAUUUUAAUUUUAUACUUGCUGUACAACCAAUCCUUGUGGAGCAUAAAACAAUAUGAUGACUUCUGCCUGGAGAAUGGUGGAAGCAGAUUCUACACUAUCUUCCAUAGAUCAAUUGUAUAAGUACUUAAAGCUAAAACAUUGAAGGCCAGUGGGACUAAUUAGGCAGCUGCCAUCAAAAAUUGGCUGAAUGCCAUCUUACUAAACUCUUCAAUCUCUGCUUCAAUAAAAAUAUAAUUGAAUCCAAUAA